AUGGAAGACCUUGAUCGAUGGCUCUUGGCUGAAUCUCGCCUUAAGGCUGCAGCUCAAGAAUUCUCACAAUGCUGUUCUGCACUACAAAACCUCAAUUAUGAUUAUAGCCAAGAUUCCGCUGCACAGGACUAUCUCGAUCGCAAAGUAACCCUGGUACGAGGUCGCAGAGAUUCACUUACUGCAACUGAAAGUAUGAUCUCACAAUCUCAAACCAUCCUAAAUGCCGCGCUUUCACAAUUUCGACCCCUCGCCUCUAUACAAAGAUUGCCCAACGAGCUCUUGUCUCGCGUUUUUAAUCUUGCCAUCCCGCCAUAUUGCCCUUGGGCCCAAUUCGAUGAUCCUGAUAUUUUACUUGAUAUAACCUCGGUUUGUCGUCGAUGGCGCAAAUUGGCGAUUCAAACCCCUUCCUUAUGGUCGCAUGUAGACUUCUACCUCACGGAUUACGAGAAGGACCCCCCACCUCCCCGAAUCGAACAGAUGUGGCUAGAGCGCGCAAAAGGAACUCCGCUUCAUGUUCACUUCUUCUGUUCCAGUAAUCUCGAAUUCACAACAUAUACACCCCAACUUCUUGCACUACCCCAGCUGGUAGAAAUUCUCGUUCCAUACGUCAGCCAAAUUAUCACACUAGAGCUGUUUUAUUUCGAGCUCCGUUAUAUAAUUGAGACGUUGACCGAAAUCCGCCUCGCCCAGGGAAUAACCAAUCCUAUCAACACCCUUCACAUUAACGGUACGGGUCCUACUGGAUCUGGCCGUAGUAACUCGCCUGCUCCAGCUUGGCCGGCUUCUCUAUUUAAAGGACUUUCCGAAAUACAUAUUGGCGAACUUGGAGAAAUCCAUUGUCCAACGCUCUAUCAGCUUGCAUCAAUACUCAAUUGUUGCCCUUGCCUCCAUACUUUGAGAUUACAUUCACUUUCUAUACUUGCAGACACUGAUACUAGGAACUAUCCUACGGUUCACCUGCCCCAUCUACGUUUCUUGGGAUUGCGUCGCGUAUUCCAGCACAAUCAACGGAAUAUCUUGUCGAUCCUACAACCCGGUAGCAUGGAGUUGCAUCUGGAAGUCGACAUGCAUCUGGACGACAACGAUUUCGCUGCUACCACAAGUUUUAUAACAACCUUUCAUGUCACUUCCCUCUGCCUCUGGCCUCCACCAUGGUUUAAUUACGAUAAUCCUGAAAUCAAACGCUAUUUGCCGUUUGCACAAGCUGUGCAUACACUGCUGAUUCCACUUGAAGAAGGAGGCACGGAUGAGCAGCUAGAUGCCCUUUUGACCACAAACCAGGCAGGCGCAUCGCUCCCGCGACUCCCGAAUCUCAAAACCCUCUGUCUGAUGGCUGCGCGUUUCUGGCCUAGCGGUAUAAAGUCUCUGGAGAAAGUCGUUUCUACAUAUUCCUUGAACAAAAUCGCGUUGAUUGCGUGUGGUACGGGGCUUUCCCACGCCCGGGGCCCUGGUGACGAACGCCUUCGCAUCAAAUUUGAAGGAAUGCUCCAACGGAUACCACAGCGGGUUCCAGAAUUCGUAUUUGAACAUGGUUAUGUAUUUGGCAGCAAUGGGCCCUGGCAUAUGCGUCUGCAAAAAAGGCUUAUUGGUCUAAUAGACUGA